AUGGGAGAGUUGGAGGUUUUCAUCAUGGCGGCUUCCAUUUCGGGCUACACCUUCAGCGCUGUGUGUUUCCACAGCGCCAACAGCAACUCGGACCACGGCUCCUUCGCUCCCUGGAAGGGCCCCAUCGACCGACGCCCUCCGCCGCCCCGCAGCCCCGAGACAGCUGUCUCCAGUCGAGCAAAGCUGUGCAUCCUGGCCCCCUGCACUGAAGGAUUUUUGCUGGGAGAGGUAAGACAAGAGGAAACUUUUAGCAUCAGUGACUCACAAAUCAGCAACACAGAAUUUCUGCAAGUAAUUGAAAUCCAUAACCAUCAGCCUUGUUCAAAACUUUUUAGUUUUUAUGACUACGCAAGCAAAGUUAAUGAAGAAAGUUUGGACAGAAUUCUUAAAGAUCGGAGAAAGAAAGUCAUUGGGUGGUACAGAUUCCGGCGCAAUACGCAGCAGCAGAUGUCAUACAGAGAGCAGCUUCUCCAUAAGCAGCUUACCCGCAUCUUGGGCGUGCCAGACCUCGUCUUCCUUCUCUUCAGCUUCAUCUCCACUGCCAAUAAUUCCACUCAUGCUUUAGAAUACGUUCUCUUUAGACCAAAUCGAAGGUAUAAUCAAAGGAUAUCACUUACUAUUCCCAAUCUAGGCAAUACCAGCCAGCAAGAGUACAAAGUGUCUUCAGUGCCAAAUACUUCUCAGAGUUAUGCCAAAGUUAUUAAAGAACAUGGUACUGACUUUUUUGACAAGGAUGGAGUAAUGAAAGACAUCAGGGCGAUUUAUCAGGUUUAUAAUGCACUUCAGGAGAAAGUGCAGGCAGUGUGUGCAGAUGUAGAAAAGAGUGAGCGAGUCGUUGAAUCUUGUCAGGCAGAAGUGAACAAAUUAAGAAGACAAAUCACUCAGAGGAAAAAUGAAAAGGAACAAGAAAGAAGACUGCAGCAGGCGAUGGUAAGCAGACAGAUGCUGUCUGAAAAUUUGGAACCAGUGUUCAGUCCUCGUAUGCCCUAUUCUGGGUUUGCAGCUGAAGGUAGAAGUACACUUGAAGAUGCAGAGGCCUCUGAUCCUCCUCCGCCUUAUUCUGAUUUUCACCCAAACAAUCAAGAAAGUACUCUGAGCCAUUCUCGCAUGGAAAGGAAUGUUUUUAUGCCUCGACCUCAAGCCGUUGGCUCUUCUAAUUAUGCUUCCACCAGUGCGGGACUGAAGUAUCCUGGAAGUGGAGCAGAACUUCCUCCUUCCCAAAGAGCAGCUGGAGACAGUGGCGAGGAAUCAGAUGACAGUGAUUAUGAAAAUGUGAUUGACCCUACAGAGCCCUCUAAUAAUAGUGAAUACUCACACUCGAAGGACUCGAGACCCGUGACACGUCCUGAUGAGGACCCCAGGAACACUCAGACCUCCCGGAUUUAAAUAAACAAAAGAAACUCUCCA